UUCCACUGUGUUUCGGCGAAGAUUGGCGUGUCACGCGUGCUGUUACGGAGUGUGCGCGUGGUGUUGAAUGUCACUUUUUCAACGAUUCAACAACAUGCUACGCCCUAACGAAUGGAAAUAAACCUAGCUGAGAUUUGAACGAUUUAUGUUCUCUUUUUUUGUAAUUGCAACUUGGCAAGAAGACCUACGCGUUUGUCGAUACAUUUCCCCAUGAGAGACUGCAAGCCUUUCCUCGGAAUUCCUCAGAAUACGUAGACAACACCCGUCGGUUUCUAACGUAUAGUUCGUACAUAGUUUAUAAACGCGUUUUAACAACAGACAGAAGAUUCAUUUCUCCUGGAUAUGAACGUGUUCCGGAUAUUAGCGGCCAAAUGUCGUUGUUCUUCACAAUAUACCUCAGCUUAAGUUAAUGGCCAGCAUGCUGCUCGCCUCCGCUGUGGUCGUCUGGGAAUGGCUCAACGAGCACGGACGGUGGCGGCCGUACGGCCCAGCCGUGUGCCACCACAUUGAGGCAGUGAUACGGAACGAUCCCCGGAGUGGCAGCGUUGUUCUGGGUCAGGUCGACAACAGCCUGUCUCCCUACAUCAUAGACCUCCAGUCCAUGCACCAGUUUAGACAGGACACAGGAAGGAUCCGGCCGGUGCGUCGCAGCUUCUACGUGCCCAGCUCCGCCCCGGCCCAGGGUUGGCUGUGGGAGUGGGAAGGCGAGGAAGCGGGGUCCUGGACGGCCUACGACACAGAGGUGUGCAUCGCCCUCCAGGCGGCCCGGGACCGCCUCCAGUCCAGCGUGGACCUGACGCCGCUGGGGCUGGCCUACGUGGUGGACCUGAAGACCAUGACCCAGAGGAACCCGCGAAGCCAGCGCAGCAGGAGGGUGCGCCGCAGGGCCGACAUGGCCUACCCCCUGGUGGCGGAGCCGCUGCCCCGGGAGGGCGGGGGGGUCAAGGGGGUAGGGGGGGGAGGGCCCACGGGGGCCUUCCUGGGCGUCGGGGUGUCCGGGGGGUUCAAAGGAGGCUCGGGGUAUUCUAAAGGAGAGCCAGUGCCACCCGGGUUGGGCCCGCCUUGCGGCUGCCAGCAAUGCAUGCUGGUCCAGUGUGUGAAGUCAGGAAGCAGGAAGGUGGGGGCGGGGUCUAACACGUUGAGCAGACGGCAGUCCCAGCAGUCCAAGCCGCCCAGCCCCAAGACGAGGGCGUCCACGCUGGGGCGGGGCCAGACCAGGAGGAACUCCAUGUCUAACUCCGCCCACUCCCGCACGCUGCCGCACGGACACGCCAUAUCACGGAACACCGCUUCUUCCAAACGGAACGCGGCCCUCUUCGCCCAAUCCCUCGCCGCCCUCGCCUCGGGCACCGCCUCCCUCUCCCUCUCCGCCAGCAGGCCCUCGUCCACUAAAAAGCCUCCGUCGUCCCCGCCCACGCCCUCACCCUCACCCAGGAGUUCGUCGGUGCCGACUGCCACCCUCGUCACCCCGGCCAAAAAAGUGACCUCGCCGCCCUCGCCGGUGCCGUCUCCGUCGUCGGUGGUGAUGUCGCCGCAGCGCUCGCUGGCGUGCCGCGCCCCCCUCCCCCGCCGGUCCAGUCUGGUGGGGCUGAGCAGGCCUGCCCUGCAGCGCAUCGCCAUGGCCCAGUCACGCGCACUCAUCGCCUCAGGUGUGCCCACCGUCCCUGUGAAGAACCUCAAUGGAUCCAGCCCAGUGUAUCCCGCGUUGGCAGGUAUUACAGGGAUCCUGAUGAGCGCGGCAGGGCUGCCUGUGUGUCUGACCCGCCCCCCUAGGAUGCAGCUUCACCCCCCUCCUGUCAGCAAGAGCGACAUCAAGCCUGUACCUGGCCUGGGUCACUGCUGCCGCAAGACCACCAAGAAACAGGCCCGCAAAGGGAAGAGCCCAGAGGAGGUGGUGAUGAAGUACUUUAAGAGGGCCAGGACUCUGCCUGACCUGGACUGUACCAUCUGCAUGGAGCCCCUGGAGGGGCCGUCGGGGUGCGGGGGCCCGGGGUUAGGGAGUGUGCAGCGAGGAGAGUCGGUGGGCCGUCUGGCUCAGUGUGGACACCAGUACCACCUCCAGUGUCUGGUCACCAUGUACAACAACGGCAACAAGGAUGGAAGCCUGCAGUGUCCCACCUGUAAGACCAUCUACGGGGUGAAAACGGGGAGCCAGCCAGCAGGGAAGAUGGAGUACCACGUAAUACCCCACUCCCUGCCUGGACACCCCGACUGUAAAACCAUACGAGUCAUCUACAACAUCACCCCCGGCAUUCAGGGUCCAGAGCACCCUAACCCUGGCAAGCCCUUCACAGCCAGGGGCUUCCCCCGGCACUGCUACCUCCCAGACAGUGAGAAAGGACGCAAGGUCCUGAGUCUACUCCUGGAAGCAUGGGAUCGCCGUCUCAUCUUCUCAGUGGGGACCUCCAGCACCACGGGGGAACAGGACACGGUGGUCUGGAAUGAGAUCCAUCACAAGACCGAGUUUGGCUCCAACCUGACGGGCCACGGCUACCCUGACCCCGGUCACCUGGACAACAUCUUGGACGAGCUGAGGGCGCAGGGCAUCACGGAGGAAGACUCCCUGCUACUCUGAGAGGAGAAGAAGAGGGGAGGACCAUCAGAGAGAGGAGGAACGGAGAGAAGAAGAAAAAGCAAGAAGAGGGCGAGAGAGAAAGAUUUGAUGACUAACAAAGACUCACUAUCAGGAAAAGGGGACGAAAGACAUUAUUGGUUGACUGUUUUGAAGGCUCCUUUUGAUUGGUGGGUUCACUUUGGGCUUCUAACCAAUCGUACAAGAAAUAGUAGGCUCAUGGGGUGGGUGAGUGAUGUCAGAGGAGAGACAGAUGAAAGAAAGAAGAAAUGAGAAGAAGUAGGAACAGAUGGAGUCUGUAUUUUAUUUAUGGUGGUCACAUUUUUAAGUGAUUAUUUACUAAACCUAGUUUGUCAAUACUGAGAUGAGAUUGAGCCGGUACUAGUUAACUAACCUUGAAUAACUUACAAGUUUACACUACUCGGAGAGAGAAGAGAAGGGAAGGAAAGGAGAAAUCAUGGAAUUGAAGAAAGCCCAAUGGAAAGAAAGGACACGGGAUGAGAGAUAUGAAGGGGAGGGGAAGAGGACUAGGAAGGAGGAGAAAGAUAAAGAAGACUGAGAGAGAAAGAAAAAAUGGUACGAGUAUGUAGAUUAGAAUAGGAGUAGUAACUUAACUUGUAAACGGUACUUCAACAGAGCCGACGAAUCACACGAGAGAGAAAGAAAAGGAUACUGAGCCUGUACUUCAUUUAAUCAGAUUCACCUUUGGUUUGGGUGUGACACUGGUUGCUGUCUCGUUCUAGUGUUCCCCCUUGUGGACACCCUUCUCAACUACACCUCUGCUCACUGACUACACAGAGACCCAACCAAACAUUACUGUGUAACAUCAUAAUAAUAAUAGGUUCAUUUAGCAAACGCUUUUGGCCAAAGCGGCGUACAGUUGGAAAUUUGAACCUGCAACCUCUUGGUGUUCAGUUAAAUGCUCUAGCACUGAGCUAUAGCCACCUUAGUGCAUAAACAUUCAAAGACCCACCAGUUUUAUAACAAUUUAUUUGAUCCUUUUGAGCAAAUGUAACCUUCAUUUAACCUCAUUCCAUGUAUGGUAUGUUGAGUUUACAUGUAUGUAAAUCGUUUUUUUUUAUACACUUUGUACCAACUGUGUGUAGAGGGGGGGGCAGUGUUGGUGUGAUUGUGUGUGAGGACCAGACACAGAGCCUCCUCUUGUGUUCUGUAGUCUGACUGAGGAGCUCAUCUGGUUCGAAACACAUCCUGCAUUAAUCUAGAUACUUCCUGCACCCCGAUUCUACAAGUCUGAUGGACAGUGAUACCGCUGAAAGUCAGAUUUCUUACCUUCCUGAUGUCUGGAAGGAGGGAAAAGAGCUGGAUGGGUCAUUAAUGUCAUAUAUAUGAGUGCUGCUUACUUGUAUAAAGGAGCCAAGCAUUUGGGCUUACUUUGAAGGACUGACUGCAGUGUUGGGCGUGUUCUUAUGGAAGCUGUAGUGUGUCACUUCCUUGAAGACUAAAGCUGUGUAGUAAAGCACCUUUCUGGCUGUUACAAGAACCUGUGUGUGUGUUGUGUGUGCGUGUGUGUGUGUGUGUGUGUGUGUGUGUGUGUGUGUGUGUGUGUGUGUGUGUGUGUGUGCGUGUGUGGGUGGGUGGGUGUGUGUACAUUGACACCCCUGUGAAUGCAUGUGCAUUUGCAUCGUUAGGUGUGAAUGUCGACUGUGUGUACAACGACAUGUUCUGUGGUACGGUUACCGUGCCAACAAUUACACACCAAGGUCCUUUAACUCGAUACUAUAAUACACUCUUCUUAAGACUUUUUAAUGUAGUUAGUUUAUAACAAGCGGUUUCGCGUUUUUAUUAAUGUACAUACUUUGUUGGAUACAGUGUCAUUUGUAAUAUCUUUCCUAUGGUUUAAAUGACAGAUUGUGUUUUUUCCUUCUACUGUGUUUACAGAAGCCAUGCACCUAUGUUUCUUUUCUAUGGGAAAGGGUAUUUUACUGUAGACUUAUUCUAAGUAAAUAUGUUAAAUGUACUUUGAUACUGAAUUAUAGGUCUAUUAACGAGCCCCUAUUGGUCACUUAUGACUGAUACUGUCCUUUGACUGGUCUGCUUGAUCUCUCCAUUAUGUCACAAUUAUAGCCAUUAUAAAUUGAUAAUUGUCUAAUAUGCUGAAUACUGGAUAAGUAGUUGAUUGUUUUUGUUUAGCCUACUUUGCUAAAAGCAGGGUCGCAGCUGUUCAUUUAUGGGGUUACCAUGACAACAUGCUUUUGCAAACAAAAACAACACAUUGCCUAAGUGUGAAUAACUAUUGAUUAGCGAAAAAAUAAAUGAAUAAUGCUGAA